CAUACUUUUGGUUCAGUCUCACUUGGGAAUCCGAGAUUUUAGAGAGAGGUUGAGAUUGAGACAGGUUUUGGUUUUGGUUGAUAGCACGAAACCAAAUAGGCACCAACACCAACAUUAUUCAAGUAAAAGACCAAUGCUGCUUCGACCAGGAGCUGCUGCUGGAGUAAGAAAUCUGUGUGAUAUUCAUGGCGAUUCUUGUAUUCUCUGUGCACAGAAAAAUCUCACAAGAAUCUCUCUGGUUCGUGUAACAACAAAGUCCCAAAAGCAAUCUCUUGAGCCGUGACACAGUGUGUACGCUGCAGACAAAUCACAUCACUACUUGUGCUUUGGGGUUUGCUUUGGUUCGAGGAGUGUAAAACACGAGUUAACAUCUCCUUCUGCCUCUGUUAUCUGGUAGGCAUCACCUCGACAAGAUCACCAUUCGGUUUAACAAGGAUAAGAAAUAUCGAGCUGUUCGUCCCAAUUUUCCAUAGCAUUCAGGCAAAGAAGAACUCGUACAUUGGAGGUGCGAAUAGAAAGUAAAAGUGUAAUUAGUCCCUCUCGUAAUGUGAGAUAGUUAAGUGACGUGCUUUCUCUUCACGAAAAAAGUUACAUGUUUCAACUUACCCCCUGCAUCUUGCACAUUAAAUGUCAUUGAAUCAUGGCGAAAACUUGAGACAACGUACUUUGAGUUGAACAGAGACAUUUGGUGUAAAAUAGUUUUAAACACUCAUAAAAAUAAGAAAUAAAAAAAUAAUGGUUCAGAAUAUGCAGUGAGUGGUGCAUAAAAAUGUCUUGAGUGAAGAUGACUUGAAAAUAUUUCAAUUUUUCCAAGAUAUGGUGAGACACAAAUGGUCAAGAUUAAGCGCUGUGGGUCUGUCUCUGCUGGUGAUCUUUGCCUGCUGGGCUGACUCGAAGACCACAAGCAGCAAGAAAGAGCUAAAAAUUCGCAAUAAGCGUGAGGGAACUUGGACCGUUUGGACGAGUUGGAGCCCUUGCUCUCGAACUUGCGGAGGUGGAAUUCGUACACAGACUCGUCAAUGUCAAAUCAGAAGAGAACGAUCGAAAUCCAAGGAAGUCGGAGAUGACCCGAGAAACUACAAAAACGUUUCUAUUCGUCAUUGUGCAGGACAUGCGAGCCGGCAUCAUAUUUGUAAUGUUGACGAAUGCCCUGGAGGGAGCACGGAUUUUCGGGAGUCGCAGUGCAAGGCUUUUGACAACCGGGCGUACAUGGGGAAAGUCUACAGUUGGGAAGCCUUCAUCGAUGAAAGAGCACCCUGUUCUUUGACUUGUAGAGCAUCAGGAUUUAGAUUUUUCGCCACGUUAAACAAGAGUGUGAUUGAUGGAACCUCAUGCGACUCUAACCCGUUUGCUACUAAAAGAUGUAUUUCCGGUAUAUGCAUGCCUAUCGGAUGUGAUGGGGUCGCUGGGUCACAAAGACGCCUUGACAGAUGUGGUGUUUGCGGCGGUGAUGAUUCGAAUUGUCGUGUCGUGUCAGGAAUUUUCACCAGACCACAACUUCCUGUUGGCUACAGCGUCGUCGCCCAUUUACCUCGUGGUGCUUGCAAUUUAAAUAUCACCCAACUGAGAAAGUCAGCUAAUCGAUUAGCACUGAGGAAAAGUGACGGCACAUUCAUCUUGAAUGGCGAUUGGAGACUUUCCUGGCCCGGUGUAUACGACGGUGCUGGAACGAAAUUUUACUAUGCGCGACAGGAAAAGUUGCUGGAAUCGAUAGCAUCUGCAGGACCGCUGAAUGAGGCAGUUGAUCUAAUGGUGCUGUACCAGCAGCCCAACCCAGGUAUUAAAUACGAGUACAUGCUUCCACUGGGAGACACGCCGAUCCCCCCAGUUCCAGUUCUUGACCCAUUGGCAACUCUGGUUGGGACGCGUCACCAAUCCGCAGCUACUUACAGACCCACUUCUUAUGUAAACAAUAAUCUUCUUCCAAAUGGAAAUUCAGCCAAUGCCUUCAACACAAUCUCGUCAUUCCCAAAACCCUCACCUUCCGUUGGUUCCAGCCCCAAUAACAAUGGUCAACAAUUACUCUUAUAUCCUGGGGACUCGGCAUCACCUUUCAGUGUUGCUGAGAACCAAGCUACUCACCCACACCUUCACGGUCAUCAUCAUAGCCGCAGAAGGGAUCACAACUUGAAUAAACUUCCCAGAUCUGACAAAAAAUUUUACUGGAAAACAAUUGGAUAUACAAAUUGUACCGAGCUUUGUGGUGGAGGAACACAACGGUCUAUCAUACGAUGUGUCAAGUCCCCUGCUGCAAAUGCUGUUUCUGAUCGACGCUGUGCUGGGGAGGAAAAGCCGGUGGGACAAACCAUUCGUUGUAACUUAAAACCAUGUCCUGCAGAGUGGGAGGUGGGAACAUGGUCCGCGUGCAGCGAACAUUGUGGAGAUGGUUUAAAAACACGUCCCGUGUUCUGCAAUCAAAGGAUUUCGCCAACCUUAACCAUGCGUGUGGCCGAAGGAGCAUGUUUGAAAGUGAAACCCGAGUCGCAAACCAAAUGCUUCGUCAAACCAUGUCAUAGAUGGGAAUCGUCAGAAUGGAGCCAGUGUUCUGCAAAGUGUGGCAAUGGAAUUAGAAGACGGCAAAUGGAAUGCACGGAUGCAAACGGUAAAAAGAUCGACCCCAAGGACUGCGAUGAUGCAGAACGACCAACGGAGAUACUUCCGUGCAACAUGGGUCCAUGUGACGGCACGGAUUGGUUUAUGUCUGAGUGGUCAUCAGACUGCUCCCAAAAAUGCGGGGGUGGUGUGCAGACACGUCAUGUGGUUUGUUCUGGAAAUCAUCACAACUUUACAGGUCGACGAAGGCCUUUGUCAGCAGAGUCGGAAACAAACUCUAUUGAAGAUGAGGAUCAGAAUGAAGACGAACCAGCCCCCACGUUUCACUGCGACGAGAGCAAACGUCCAAGUGAGGAAAGAGAAUGUUUCAGCGAUAAGCAAUGCGGCGACCCGGCGUGGUACACUGGUGAAUGGAGUGAGUGUUCCACAUCUUGCGGCAACGGACUUAAAACCAGGAUUUUGCUCUGUGUGAUCUUUAGCAGAGGAAAGUUUAAAGUUGUCGAAGAAACAUUAUGUCCCCUUUCCCAAAAACCAGAAGGAAAACUGCAGUGCGAAUCAAAUCGACUGUGCUCAGAUUCAUGGUUUAACACUGAAUGGAGCGAGUGUUCAGUACCUUGUGGUGGAGGCACUCAGAAGCGUAGUGUCAGUUGCAGAGCUGGAAAUUGGACAAAGCCUUCAUCAUUUUGCGCAGAUAUAAAUCGACCUUUAGAUAAAAGAUAUUGCAACGAACACAAGUGUUCGAAGAUUACGGAUCCCAGCGGAAUGGUAAAAGAUACGUCCCCAAACACCUUGAUUGUCGAGUCGGACGAGAUUGAGAACAGCAAUUUGACAAUAAUAAGGAGAUUCGAAAAUGAACAAUUGAGUCCUACCAUCUCCACCACCACACAAACUCAGCCCAAGGAUAAAACAUUUGUCGAGGAACCCGAAGAUUCAGAAUGUACAGACCAAUACCGCAAUUGUCCUCUGGUUUUACAAGCUCGUCUAUGUACAUACAAGUAUUAUCGAUCCGUGUGUUGUAAUUCAUGUGCACAACAACAACAUGAGUUUCAUAAUAAGAAUUAAUUAACUAGCAUAAUGUCGCACACACAAUCAAGGUAUCUCAUUAUUUUUCGUUCACUUAUAUGCAUACUACUUAUUAUUUAAAGUCUUUGACUUGAGUUCAGUUGAGAUAAUUGCUUUGCAACAAUCACAAUAAUUUGUAGUCGUUUAUACAUAAUUUGUAUUUCGAUUUCGAUAUCAAUAAGUUUGUUUGUUUCUGCAUUUAUUAUUAUAAAAAUCGUGACAUUUUAUUAUAUCCUCCUUUACAUAAUUCUAUCAAGUCCCUGAAACACACCAGUAUUUUCCAAUUUUUCAAAAAGUGUAACUUUUCGUACGAUUUAGUUACCUUUUGUAAAAAUACCAGCACCUAAAAAUGAAGCAAACUGCCCAGUGCUGUAGCUGUUACAUUACUAAUUAAUUAAUUAAAAGGUAAAAAGCUGUAAUUCAAUUUUGUUAAAAACUAAAUUAAUUUUUUUUGUAAAUACGAACGAGUAAGAUAAGAAGCUUACAUAAUUGUGUUCAAAAUGCAUACUGAUGUCAGGGAUUAAACAUAGGCUGCUUAUGUACAGAUGUACAGAACAGACGUAUUAUUAACAUUAUUCAUCUAAAAAAAGUAUGCGAACCACAAAAAGGUUAAAUAAUAACGGGAAAUAAGUAAUGUUAACUUGUAGCUACCCGAGUACAUAUUCAAAUAUGUACAUAUAAAUGUUAGAUAUGUAUGAUGAUUUUUAUGAUAAACAACGUGUGCUUAUGUUGUGUGCUGAAAUGCAAUCACGUUACCGUGUUCUGCAGCUUUAAAUGUGCUUUGCAUGAUGCAGUACUUGAGUUUGUGAUAAUUUAAAUGAUCACGAGCUUCAAUGGUAAAAACCCAUGCACUGUGUGGGAUUUGAAAAAAAGUACAAUAAAAGAUCCAGGUUUUAUAUAAAA